UGGUUACCAACUAUAAACAAUAUGGCGAACGUUCGUAUUGCCUGGGAGUGAUUGGGUUUUAUGACGGUUUCAUUCGCUUUAAAGGCAAUCUAACGUAUUAUGUUCAUUGAUGUAAAAACUUGAAGAAAAUGGGUACUCUUGGCCAAGCGCAGAUUGGAAUUUCGACGUUUUUUCCGUGUCCCCAUCCAACAGAUCAGUGCGGUACAAAUGGACUUCCCCUCACUCCAAAUUCCAUCGUGAUCAUUGGUCGGUUUCAGCGAUUGAAAACUCUUUGCCAUCAAAAUGUAUGUCAGUAUCUGGAUAUCAUCAGAGCCAAACAUGAGAGGCUUAUAGUUGCUGAGGAGUAUUAUCCUGAAAAUUUACAGCUUGCUUUGAAAAAUGGUAAAAAAUUUAGUUAUACUGAUAUCAAAAGAGUUGCAUUUGAAGUUGUUCAAGGUCUUUCCUUUCUCAAUGGACAAGGCAUCGUUCAUAGGAAUUUGUCCCCGGGUAACAUAGUAUUCACCCCAAAGGGUCAAGUCAAAUUAUCUAGGAGUUGUUUAUAUCAUAUGACUGGUUCGGGGGCUCGAGUAGCAUUUCCAAUUGGUUGUCCAGCAUUCAUGGCUCCUGAGGUGGUUUUAGCAGGCCAAGGCCUCUCUCCUGUAUUUGGACCAUCAGGACCCAAGGUUGAUGUUUGGUCUUUAGGAAUGGUUUUGAUUUACAUGAUAUUGGAAGGAUCUCUUUGGAUUCUUCAAGUGAAGUUCUUAAACUUCUCUUUGAUGACAGCCAUGCACUGGGAAAACUCCAGGAAAUUCCUUCAGAUUUGUCUUCUUUUCUGAGAAUUUGCCUAACAGUGGAUGUUACUAAGAGGCCUAUUCCGUGUGAGUUACUGAAUCAUGAAGUGUUUGCCGACUUUGAUAAAGGA